AUGAAGAUCUUUGUGAAGACCCUGGCCGGCAAGACGAUGAGCGUCAUGGUCGAUCCAUCAGACACCAUCAACGUUGUGAAGGCGAAGAUCCAGGACCAGGAGCGCCUUCUCUUCGGCGGGAAGGAGCUGGACGAUAGGUGCACUCUGGCCGAUUACGGCAUUCAGGACGAGUCCAGUCUUGACCUCGAUCUGCGCCGACCCAAGAGAAGGAAGAUGCAGAUCUUCGUCAAGGGGCUGACCGGCAAGACCAGGACCCUUCGUGUCGAGGAGCUGGACACCGUCGAGAGCGUCAAGGCCAUGAUCCAGGAGGUCGAGGGCGUCCCCGUGAGCGAGCAGAGGCUUCUUUUUGGCGGGGGUCAGAUGGAGGACGGACGUACCUUGAAGGACUAUGGCAUCGCUAAGGAGUCGACGAUUCACCUCUGCCUCCGCCUCCGGUCGUGUGUCAAAUGCCCGGUGCAGACCUAG